GUAGGAGGAGCUGUAGGCUGCAGGGGAACAUCGAUCUACCCGCACAGAGGGCUGAAAUGUGAAGUUUUUGAAUGCUUUAGCUCUUUCUGAGCCGGUUUUAGGUUGCUCAACAGGUCUGUCAGUAUCUAGCCGGUGCACACAGAGAAAGGGACACCAUGUCUUCAGCAAGCCCUAAUUCGCUCUUUGGGAUGGGAAACCCCUUACUGGACAUUUCUGCUGUAGUGGACAAAGACUUCUUGGACAAAUACUCUCUGAAACCAAACGACCAGAUCCUGGCAGAAGACAAACACAAAGCACUAUUCGAGGAGAUAGUGAAGAAGGGUGAAGUCGAGUACCAUGCAGGAGGCGCCACGCAGAACUCUAUAAAAGUUGCACAGUGGAUGAUCCAAGAGCCCCAUAACGUGGGCACGUUCUUUGGCUGCAUUGGCAAAGACAAGUUUGGCAAAAUCCUGAAGCAGAAGGCUGAGGAGGGCCACAUCGACGCCCACUACUACGAGCAGGACGAGGAGCCCACAGGGACGUGUGCUGCAUGCAUCACCGGAGUUAACAGGUCUUUGGUAGCAAACCUCGCUGCCGCUAACUGUUAUAAGAAGGAAAAGCAUCUAGACCUGGAAGAAAACUGGGAGCUGGUGGAAAAAGCUAAAGUCUACUAUAUUGCUGGUUUCUUCUUGACCGUCUCUGUGGAGUCCAUCCUGAAGGUGGCAAAGCACGCGUCUGAAAAUAACAAGCUGUUCUGCCUGAACCUGUCCGCGCCCUUCAUCAGCCAGUUCUUCAAGGAUAACCUCAUGCAGGUUAUGCCCUACGUGGACGUGCUUUUCGGCAACGAGACAGAGGCAGCUGCAUUUGCCAAAGAGCUCGACUUCGAGACUGAGGACAUAAAGGAAAUUGCAAAGAAAGCUCAGGCUUUGCCCAAAGACAACACAAAGAGGCAGAGGGUUGUCGUGUUCACCCAGGGGAAGGAUGAAACCGUUAUGGUCAAAAGCGACAAAGUUGAGACAUUCCCCGUACGGAAAAUCGACCCCAAAGACGUGGUGGACACAAACGGUGCAGGGGAUGCCUUUGUAGGAGGUUUCCUGUCCGAGCUGGUCCAGGACAAACCACUGGAUCAGUGUGUGAAGGCGGCGCACUACUCCGCUAACGUCAUCAUUAGAAGAGCUGGAUGCACCUUCCCAGAAAAACCUGACUUCAAAUGAGAAUUCCCCCCCCCCCCCCCCCCGGGACAACCUUACCUUUGGCUUGAAACCUCUUUUAUUUCAAAGCUCCCCUUUUUUUCUUUCAGCCAACCGUCCAAGUUGUUGUCCGUUUUUAGUUAUCAUCAUUUUUGUAUUUUAUUCACUCACCAUUUGUUUCACCCCUGAUAUGUCUGCAUAUCUCUAUGAUCUCCACUAGGGGCCGCUAGAGGAUCAUGCAGAGCCACAGGAGCUAGAAAUAACCAUAAAGGAGUCAUGAUCAUUGUUGUUAACAUAAAGGAGGGGGGUUUGUUCUAACGGUAUUUUUGGCUCCGACACUGCCUGCCCAGUACAAUGACACGGUUACACAGUCAUGUUGACACCCUACUGUAAGAGUCUGUCAUUUCCUUAACAGCUCACUCUACAUAACAAGGACUGUCUUUGAUGCUGCAUUUAAAUGUGCAGUUGUGAUUUCUUUUAUUUUUGUAUUAAUAAUUCCUAAUGACUUUAGACUGUUUUGAUUUUAACAGGCCAAGUUAUGAAACCAAAUGUUUGUCGUUUAUGCACACACUGAAAUAUGUCAGAGUCUCCGCCCGCUACGUCCUGCGAUCACUGUAAACCGUCAGCUGUAGAAGUCACCUUCCAACUCACCAUGGUUUGCUUUAUCCUCAUGCAGCUUUUGGGGAAGGGGCUUCUAGCAAUGAGUGCCUUUUCCAUUUUUUUUUCUUCUGUGUUUCAAACUUGUAAGGGGCUUACAGAUGUCUUCUGAACCCACUUUUGAUUAUUCAGGGAAACUUACACAUUAGACCAGUAUGAGUCUUAAGCGGCUCAUGUGGAGAAAAAUAGACGCACGACAUUUCUGAAUGAAUGUAAGGCAACUGGUAUCGUUUGGAAAGCUUUCAUUUUAUUUGAGUGUUCUUUGGUCUAGUCAUACUGUAGGUUUUAAAACGGACCUUUCUGUUUAUUUGAGAAGAUUUAGAUUUUUCCAAUAUCUCAGAACAUGUAACCAAACCCUUCAAAAUGAGUUGAGAAUGAAUAAUAUUUUUCUCUGAUUUCAGUGACAUUUUAUAACAAUAUGAGCUGAAUUUAGGUUCAGGACACUUACCAAACAUUUCAAAUCAUUAGAAUACCUGAUUUAGUGUUAUUCUGUGAUCAAGACAAUAUUUAACAUUUGAAAACAAGAUCAAAUGUACACCUCUAAAUGUUUCAUUGUCUGCAUGAAGUCUGCAUUUUUGUGAAAACUAGCAGAGCUGUUCAGUCAGGAUGUAUGUCCCUGUGUUGACUGUGUGAAACACCAAAAAGCCUUAUGUUCAUCAAAGGUCUGAAUGGGUCUCAAGUUUCCCGUUUCUGUGCUAUACUGCAUUGUGCACGCAGAAAUAAAACUUUCGAGGU